GGACACGAAGGAUGCAUCCGAUGCAAGGUGUGUGCAUGCACGCUUUGACUCUUGGUGCUUCAGAAAUGUGUAACAACAUGGGAAAUCACACAAUCAAUAUUACGCUGCUGCGCAUGCAAUGUGUGAGAACACGGGGUACUGAUCGUGGAGCUUCGUCACGGUACUGCUGCAGAAUCUCAAUGUGUAACUGAAAGAGAAACUGGUAGAAGCAUUGUUUGUAAGACAACUAAAUCAAUAUGAUUUGAACCUUCUACAGCUGACAAUUUACAUGAAUAAGCUCUUAUAUAUAUGUUUUCUGAUCACACAUGUUGGUGUUAAUUAAUAUGCAACCAGGAGCACUGGACUGGCUCAGGAUGUACAAAGAUGUCCUGGUCCCUGUUGUAAUGGGUCCAGAUCUGACCUCGGCCCUUUGCUGCAUGACAUCUCCCACUCUCACAUCCCAACAUUUCCUGUGUGUGUCCUGUCCAAGGGAAAAAGAAAACGUAAAUAAAGAAAUGAAUAAAGAUGAAUAAAUGUUCAAUCUCAGAAUCCAUCUGCUAUCCACUGUCAACUAUUACUGUAAGGUUACAUUUGCAGGGAUGUAACAGUUGAUUAAUCAAGACUUCUGUAUCCAUGUGUUGCCAAUGUUUGAAGUCCAACAAGCUGUGAAGUGAGAGUGAGUUGGCAUUGAGAGAAAUCGUCUAAGAGGGAAUUAUGAGCUGCCCUUUUAUGCAAAUCAUUUUUUAUAGAUGGUUAAUAAAGCUCAAAUGCUGUUAUAUGACUGCCGAUGCAUUACACCUCUUUUUCUCUCCAUGAGGACUUUUUCUCUGAACACAUUUUUAUUUUUUAUGACCAACAUUUUUAUUGUUUUCAAAUUUUUUACAAUAGUACAAUACCAGACAAUAAAUGAUAUAGAACAAUACCCAACAAGGGUAACACUAUCAAUGCUAGACAAAAAAACUAGACAAACAAAAAUCAUAAUUAAGUUAAAUUAAAUACAGGAAUAAAGUGAACACAUUUUUAAAGCUUGUUGAAACCCUUGAAGACAAUACUCAUAGUAAAAGCUAAAACCAGAACACUCCUGAUUCUAAAAUCCGGUCCUGGAUUGUUUAAGUUAUCCAUACUCAAAUGACUUAGUCAUUUUGGAUUUAAAGAGUGAUAGUGUAGAUUAAAGCAAAUGUUAAGUAAAAUCAGUGCUCGGCUCUUAAAAAUAUAAUAAACAUGACGUGUGUGUGUGUGUGUUUGUGUGUGUUGGUGGGUGUAAGGUCACAUGGCAUGACUGCUGCUGCUUCAGGCUGCUGUGUUUACCAACAAGAGGAGGAGGAGGAGGAGGCAGCAGCGGCGACGGUGGUGGUGGUGGUCAUAGUGUAGUAUGCUCUCCACCAUGGGAGUCUCUCUGCUUGACAGCCAAUAGUAGCAUCCAGCAGCAGUUACAGUAAUCUCAGGGAAGGGACUGAUCUUUAGCCUGGAUGCUUGCUGCUACGCUGCUCUUGAGGGGGAAAACCCUGAUUGGUUGAGAGCAGUGAGCAGAAGUGACCUCUGUCCUUGAAUAUGGGAACAUCAACAUUGGGAAAGGCAGCAUCUCUUGAUGCUCUUUUAAAUGAAUGCAUUCAUGCAUUUGAUGACAAUGGACAGUUGCAGGCCAACCUGCUUCCCCGCAACCUCCUGAUGAUGCAUCGCUGGUAUGUUACAUCCUCUGAACUGGCGGGAAAGCUUCUGAUGAUGUACCGUGACUGCAAAGAUGACAACUGUCAGAUAACCAGGCUGAAGAUUUGCUAUUUAAUGAGGUACUGGAUAGUCACAUUCCCGGCAGAGUUCAACCUGGAUUUGGGUCUGAUCCGGAUCACAGAAGAGUUCAGAGACGUGGCUGCUCAGCUCGGCUGUGAGGAGCAUUUCAAAUUCCUCGACAUCUCCACAAUUCCGUCCUAUGACUGGAUGCGUAAGCUGACCCAGCGGAAGAAGCAGGCCAAGAAAGGCAAGGCCUCGCUGCUGUUUGACCACCUGCAGCCCAUGGAGCUGGCUGAGCAUCUCACUUUCCUUGAGUUCAAAUCCAUCCGGAGGAUAUCGUUCACUGAUUACCAGAGCUAUGUAAUCCACGGCUGCCUGGUGGACAACCCGACUUUGGAGCGCUCUAUUGCUCUGUUCAACGGAGUGUCGCAGUGGGUCCAGCUUAUGGUGCUGAGCAAGCUAACACCUCAGACCCGGGCAGAUGUUAUAACCAAAUUCAUCCAUGUGGCUCAGAAACUUCUGCAGCUACAGAACUUCAACACUCUGAUGGCCGUGGUGGGGGGGCUGAGCCACAGCUCCAUCUGUCGACUGAAGGAGACUCACUCUUAUUUGGCUCCAGAAGUUGCGAAGAUCUGGAGUGAGAUGACAGAACUGGUCUCUUCUAACAACAACUACUCUUGCUACCGGAAAGCCUUCAGUGAAUGCCAGGGCUUCAAAAUCCCCAUCCUGGGUGUGCAUCUCAAGGACCUUAUUGCAGUGCAUGUAGUCUUCCCUGACUGGGUUGAUGACAGUGCUAAGGUGAACCUGGUGAAGAUGCAUCAGCUCUACAUGACCUUCAAUGAGUUGGUGUCUUUGCAAAGUGCAGCUGCUCAAGUGGAGCCCAACAUGGACCUCAUCUACCUGCUAACGCUUUCUUUAGACCUUUAUUACACAGAGGAUGAGAUUUAUGAGCUGUCAUUACUAAGAGAACCACGUAACCCCAAAUCAUUGCCUACCUCUCCAACUACUCCCAACAAGCCCCUGGCUCCACUGGACUGGGCUUCCGGUGUCACCACCAAACCAGACCCUUCACUGGUCAACAAACACAUCAGGAAGCUGGUGGACUCUGUUUUCAGGAAUUAUGACCACGACCAUGAUGGAUACAUUUCUCAAGAGGACUUUGAGAGCAUCGCUGCUAACUUUCCUUUCCUGGACUCUUUCUGUGUUUUGGACAAAGAUCAAGAUGGAUUAAUCAGUAAGGAUGAGAUGAUAGCCUAUUUCCUUCGGGCUAAUCCACUGCUCCAGUGUAAAAUGGGACCAGGUUUCAUUCAUGACUUCCAGGAGAUGACUUACCUGAAGCCCACGUUCUGUGAACAUUGUGCUGGAUUUCUUUGGGGAAUCAUCAAACAGGGCUACAAGUGUAAAGACUGUGGAGUUAACUGUCAUAAACAAUGUCGGGAGCUGUUGGUUCUGGCCUGCAGGAAGCUGAUUCGCUCCAGCUCUCUGGGUAGUGUUUCUCCAGCCAGACUGACCCACAGCUCACUGCCAAGCAGCCCCGCCCUCCCCACCUGUGCAGAUGAGGAUGAGGUGUUUGAGUUCCCCUCUGUCACAUCAGCAGCUCCAGCUAUGGACCCUCAGUCCAUCACCCUGAUGACCGGCACAGCUCAAAGGAUCUCCGUGCGUCUGCAGAGGGCCACCACCAGCCAGGCCACACAGACCGAGCCCCUGUGGCCUGAACACAGCUGGGGGGGCACAGACAGCGGAUCGCACACUUUCCCCAAAAUGAAAUACAGGACUCACAGGAAAGCAUCAAAGAAUAAAGGAUUUGCUCGUUGGGAAAACCAGAAUGACGGGCAGCACCAGGCAGUUUCUUCCCGGUGCAGCGUGGACUCUCAGCAGAGGUCAGACGUCUCAGGAGGGCUCCAACGCAAUGGGGUCGCCCACAGAAGAAAGGACAGCUGACUUGGUCACGGUGGUGAAGGCCAGUCCCAAAGGGCCAGAAAGGUCCAAGUGACUGGGACCAGGAAGCUCUUCUGUCUGGGGGAUGUGCUGGGCUGCCUGAAGUCCCCCCACAGUGAGCUGGAGUUCUCUCUUCCUCUCUAGACUUCAGCCCAGGCAGAGCUUCAUAUGGACAGAAUGUCUGAACAGGACAGUGUGUGUGUGAUCUCUGUGAGAAGAGGUCACACAGAUCAAGGAGAUCAGUGGAUGAUGGACUGACCCACACUGUGAUGUCACCUCUGUCCUUGCCUUCUGUGCAGGGUAAUCGGUUAGGGAUCAGUGUAGUUUACUACAACAAGGCUUAGGUCUAAGUAAUGAUCCAGGGUGUAGAAAACAUCAACACGUGAACAGUCAGAAGAAACAUUUUUAGACUUAAAGUCUUGAAUUAUUUCCGUUUGGUGGAUCAAUUCUGGCCAGUUAUUGUAAAGUCCAGCGGGGAUCAUGAAGCAAGAAGUAAAAGUUAGUGAAGUUAAUGGUCUCUUUCCAGAGGAGGAGAAACUGUGUAGAUAUUUAAAUGUCGAGUUGUGAAAAAAGGGAAUGUGAAAAUGAAAGUGAAUAUUAAGGGCAUCCAACCCCGUCGCCAUGAGGAGCAUUGAUGUUGGAUGAUUCUACAAAAUAUGGUAUUAACUUAAGUGCCGUUUUUAAGUGUUUAUUGAAAUUUUUAAAAAAUUAUUAUUUAUUUAUUGAUACUAAUGCUGCAUUCAUGUGCUCCUCGGAUGGUCCAAGUUUCCGAGUUGGGAAGUCAUUCUUCUUAACAUUUACAAAACAUAUUUUGCCCCCCAUGUGAUGACGAUUAUGACACCAAGUCGAGCAACACAUUUUUUCCCGAGCUGGCUUUCAUGCACAUUUUACCAGAGGUGAGGGACUCGAGUCACGUGACUUGACUCGAGUCAGACUCGAGUCAGACUCGAGUCACACAUUUGAGGACUUGAGACUUGCUUGACUGACAGUGAUAAAACACUUGACUUGACUUAAGACCUUGCCUCUACGACUUGAGACUAGACUUAUUUUACUACUAGGAAACUCGUUUUUCCGAUGUGUCCGACACUACAUGAAUGCACCAUUAAUCUGCACCUGUCAAUUGCAUUGUGUUUAACCCUUUCAUCGUCAAAUGGUAGAAGAGACGCAUUCAUGAGUUUCACUCAAGGCAAAACUGACCAAAAAUCCUGAAAUCAUUAGGUGUUGAAUUCUUUCAGAUACUCAAAUAAUGUCAAAUAGAGGAAUUCAGUAAAAUACGUUUUUACUUAUAUUUGUGCAUGGAAAUGAUUAAACUAAGUAAAAGCAAAAUUAUGUUUUCUCAAAUCAAUCAUAUCACAUAUGUUGGUUUGUACAGCUCCAUAUCUCACUUCCUAUUUAUUUGAUAUUAUAAAGUUUAUUGUUCAUACUUUUGAUUUCCUCAUGAUUUUUGGUCUUAUUCUCAUUUUAAAUGCCUUACCUGCUGAUUCUAUUUUCUAAAGCACCAUGUGAGAUUGGUAGAAAAAGGUGCUUUACAAAUAAAGUUUAUUUUGAGCUGGAAGCUAAUUCUGCCACAAAACGUUGUGUUUCUUUUUUAACUUGAACGUCUGAAGCAAUGGCGGUUCUAGACCACUUUUACUGAGGGGGCCAAACUGGGGCCAGUUGUUUUGUCAGAGAGGAACAUUAAACCCAGGUGAAAAAUAGGCAAAGAUGAUCGCUUUAAAAAAUAUAUAUUAUGCCAAAUAAUAGCGCACAUCAUUAAAUACCAUGAUUUACAUUUGAUCAGUAACAGUAUUUAAUACUAGAUUGUGAGUCAAAUACUGUGUAUGUGUUAUUAGGGGGGGGCUCUUCCUUUUGGAGGGGUGGCCACAGGGGGGACUAAGCUCAGUGUUACAGGGGCACUGGCCCCUGUUGGCCCCUGCCUAGAACCGCCCAUGGUCUGAAGACAGACUGUAAAACAGUCAUCAGUGUGCAGCAGGUGUGAAAAAAUACAUCUCAUAUGAUUGCAUUCUUGUAUACAGUCAUACAUGAAAGACCCCGCCUCUGGAGAGAACGACAUAAAAUGCAUGACAUCGACAAUGUUUUUUGUUUUUUUUAAAGCUAUUUUAAGUUAAGAUUAGAAGUUAAGAAGACAAGAUAUGAAGCACAGACUAAAGUUAUUUGCUUGUGUAGGGUUAGGGUGUGUAUUGAUAUGCUGCCACAAAUGUUAUACUAACUUAUAGUGGUGAGAGAGUUCAGAGUGAUGUUUGAAGUUAGCGUCAGUUGAAUGUGACAUGGAGAGACAGUUGCAGCAGAUGGGUGUGAUGUGGAGAGCUGACAAGAGGGCUGGAGGUCUCUGCUGAAACAAAGCUGACGGCUGAUUAACUGGGAGGGUAACUCAGUCUGUCGGGACCUGGGUUGGUAAGCGGAGGGUCGUUGGUUCAAGUUUCAGGCCUUGGUGUCUGAGUGGCAUGAGUCACAAUAACAGAGUGGAAACCUGAAUUUCCCCAUGGGGAUUAAUAAAGUAUAAAAUAAUUCAAAUAAAAUAAAAACUCUUCAAUGAAACAUUUCAUGCAAUCACAGUUUGCACUGGGCUAAAAGUCAGCUCAAAGCAAGAAGCUGACUCUUUAAAACCUACAUCAAUGGAACAAUUGUAUGAAUGAAACAAACGUAGUACAGUGAUAAUAUCUUUAAUAGAUCACUACCCUUUUUUCAGACUACAAACAAGCAAAUUGAAGAUUAGACCCACAGCUUACUGUCUAUUGGUGAAGGGCAUAGAUUUAAAAAAAUAUAUUUUUCAUGAAUGAGGUGCAGGGGUGGAUCCAGGGGUGAAAAAAAAUAUGAAACAGUAUGCACAUCCAAAAACUUAAGUACUGGGUGCUGAACAAAAAAACAUCCAAAGGUAGAAAAAAUGGUACACACACCAGAAGUUGCUCCAAUUAAAUUAAAUUUAAUGGAAAAUACCUGUAAUGUUUUGGGCCCUCGCCCUUCAUCAGACAUGAACAAUGGAUCCAAUCUGAUUGGCAACCCCAGUGGCCAUCCUAAAAUCAGAAACUAUGAUUGGCUUACCCUAAGUGCUUUGUCAGAGAUGGGAUUCAUAUCAACUAUACGGGCUGUGUUUCAACAGGCUGUUGGUAGCUUGCUUUACUUUAUAAUGUCGCUCAUGUUCUUUUAUUAGUACUUUAAAUUGUGACAUACAGCUUUUUGAGUUCAAGAAGUCAUCUAAGAUGCUCUGUUUGGUUACUUUAAAAGUUAAAUUUUACAGAACAAUAUUACUAAUUGGGAUCCACUUCUUAUUCAAACUGUGAAUAAACUAAUAACCCACAACUGCUAAAGUCUAAAGGAACAUCGUUAUUCCCAUGAUGUGAGAGGUAUUUGGUAGUCUGAUUAACCACUUCCUGUAUGUUUUACAGUCUGCUUCAGGUAGGAAUCUUUUACUCAGGACUGAGAAGAUGUGCCUACCACAACACAUCUAAUAUCGUGCACUUUGGGUUCUUUUCUGUUGAAUUGUAUUUAAUUAUUUUUAGUAUUUAGCAUCUGUUAUGUUCUUGUUGUUGUUUCUGUUCUUCUGUGUUUGGUUUAGUUUGCUUUGUUCUUGUUUUUGCUGUUUUGUCAAAGCACUUUGUAAACCUGU